AUGGAGUGCCUCCACGGCCGUAUUUCGUACGCCUCGUGGCGUUUGAGGGUCUUCCAACGGCUUUUCUUGUCCUCUUCGGAACUCAAUGGUCGAAGAACCAUCUCGAGACGUGUAAUCGACCAUCCAACCACUCCGACCGGAUCACAAUUCCAACACCCCGAAUACCCAAAGGAGCCCGGUCAAUAUGAUGACGCGGAGUCCACGGCCAGUGAAACAGAGGAGCCUCGACUCUCGCAAACCCUCCCCCAAUCACCCCUCAUGAAGACCGUGCACCCCAACCUCGAGAAGAAACACAAGAAGCGGGCCGCAAAACCUGAAGACCUGGAGGACCUCCGCCGGAACCCCUGGGCAAUGGCCCUCGCCUCACCUCCACGGAUGUGCUCCGCAACAGGGACACGCAUUCCUAGGGCAUUUCUGACCGACUGGGGGAUGCUUAAACGGCCUAAAUCCGACGGCCUAUGGUUCAUGCCCCUGGGGCUACUCAAAGAUGAAGUGGCCGCUGCUGCUGCAGACCAUAGAUCGCAGCGAGCUGCCGGCGGUACAUCUCUGCCGAUACCCUAUAUGGACAUGAGCAUUCGGAACCUUGUGAUACGACUCGUGGACCGUCUCCCGCUGUUGAAAAAAUUGAAUUCGGUUUUGGCGUCGCACGUGUACGGGACGAGGUCGCCUGUUGCGCGCAUGUUCCCCUAUCGGUGGAAACAUCCACACGGCCCUUUUACUGUUCGGGAAGAGAAACAGAUCAUCUGGCGGGAAGAUAUGCCUAACUUUGUGCUGUCAAGAAUGAGGGCGGAUGUGGUCAAGCAACUUAAACAGGCCUGUAAUAAGUAUAAAAGACUGGAUGCUACCAACCGCGUCUGGACGGCUAUCGACCUUAAUGAGUACUCCGAGGCGGCUAUUCUGAAAGAGUUGAAGGGUGUGAAACCCUUCCCGCGCAUGGAAUGCGGUGCGGUGUUGGUUAUGGGCACUCUGAUUAACAGCCAGACGGGGGUGAUUGAACCAGUCUCACAAGAUAAGGCAACAUCCAAUGCUAUGGGGACACUCCCUGAAUAUCUUAUGUUGCCGCAUCUCCCGUCCAAGGUACCUGUGUUCGAACUUGCGCAGCUCUUCUCUCAGAAGGAGUUAGAGGAGAUCUGGGGUUAUGAUUCGCGUUUCCAGAGUCCAGCUUUGUAUUUUAGACCGAAUGACCCGAUCACGGUUAAUGCGAUGUUGGCGCUGUGGAAGCUGAAGGGGUUUCUCAGGCAUGAUUCGGUUUGCGAGACUCCCGGUCCCAGUGAUGAGUCGCAGUUAUGA